UUCAGGGUGGCUUCAGACACUGAAAGACAAACACAAGGAAGCUCUAAAGAGGAAGUUUGAAGUUGUGUCUGAGGGAAUUGCUAAGCCAGGAGAGCAGACCCUCCUCAAUGAUGUCUUUACACACGUGUGGAUAACUGAGGGCAGCUGUGUUGAGGUGAACCAUGGACAUGAGGUCAUGCAGGUAGAGACCGUCUCCAAAAUCACAAAAUCAGAGAUCCGCUCCAUCAAGUGCAGCGAUAUUUUCAAGCCACUGCCAGGACAGACAAGACCCAUCAGAACUGUACUGAUGAAGGGAGUCGCUGGCAUCGGGAAAACAUUCUCUGUGCAAAAAUUCAUUCUCAACUGGGCUACUGGAAAAGAUAACCAGGAUUUCGAUUUUAUUUUUUUUCUUCCAUUCUGUAAAUUGAAUUUGAUCAAAUCAGAAAUGAGUUUACAGGAACUUGUUCAGUGUUUCUGCCCAGAAAUUAAAUCAUCUGCUAAUAUUUUAGACUGUUGUAAAGUCCUGUUCAUCUUUGAUGGUCUGGAUGGAAGCAGACAUCCUUUAAAUUUUAGAAGAAACCAGAUCUGGUCUGAUGUGAAAAAAACAACUUCAGUGGACAUAUUGAUAAUAAACCUCAUCAAUGGUAACUUUCCUGUUGACGCCUCCAUCUGGAUCACUUCCAGAAUGGCUGCAGCAGGUCUGAUCCCUCCAGAGCUCAUCAGCAGGAUGACAGAGGUCCAGGGGUUUGAAGACCAGCAGAAGGAAGAAUACAUCAGAAAGAAGUGUAAGAAAAGAGCUCUAGCAGACAGAAUUAUUUCACAUUUAAAGACACAGAGGAGUCUUUACAUGAUGUGUCAUGUCCCUGUUUUCUGCUGGAUUGUAGUUACUAUUCUGGAGCACACAUUGGAAGAGAACAGUGGGGAGAGUCCAAGAACUCUGACAGAGUUCUAUACAAACUUUCUGCUUGUCUUACUGACAGCAAAGGAAGAGAAAGAAGAGAAAGAAAAUCUCCUCAAGUCAUAUCACGAAGCAAUUCUGAAGCUGGGAAAGCUGGCAUUUGAAAGUCUGGAGAAAAACAUCAUUGUGUUCAAUGACAAAGAUCUGAAAAAGUACAACAUUGAUCUUAACAACUGUUCACUUCACUCAGGGUUGUUCAAGGAAAUAUUCAAACAAGAUUCAGUCUUAUUUCAGGAAAAGGUGUACUCCUUUUUACACCUGACUGUCCAGGAGUAUUUUGCAGCUCUGUAUGUUCUAGGUUCCCAUCAAAACAGCAAUAUUAACCCACUGGAGAAAGGAAACCCACCAGCUUCAACACUGUUCAGUUUGAAUGAAGUUGUCCUGGGAAGGGCCAUCCAGAGCAGGACUGGUCACCUUGACCUGUUUGUCCGAUUCCUUUUGGGAAUGGGAAUGGAGAACAACCAGGAGCUUUUGAAGGGAUUCCUGUCACACUCACAAGAUCACUCCAGUGACAUCCAGAAAACAACAGAACACAUCAAGAAACUCAUUAGAGAAACGUCCUCUCUUGAAAGGUGUUUUAACCUUUUCCACUGUCUGAGAGAAUUGAAGGACAAGUCUUUAAUGGAUGUGUUCAAUGUGACUCUGGAUAAAGUAAAACGUACAGGACAAAGGCUCUCACCUUCCCAGUGUUCAGCACUCGCCUAUUUCUUACUUCUGUCUGAGAAAGAGAUUGAUGUCUUCAACAUGAGUGAAUAUGCUACAUCAGAGGAGUGUGUACGGAAAUUGCUUCCUGUGGCAAAGAUAACAAAAACCAUUAGAGCCUGCGCCUGGAUUCAGUCUCCAGGUUACUGCUUCCAUCAGCUCAGUGCAGGAGAUAUCACACUGGGGCCCUGAGUUCAAUUCCA